GUCCCUAGCUCGUUGUAAAAACAGGACGUCGACUGUUCAAUGUAGCAGAAAAAUCCAUCGGCUUCUCUCUCCCAACAAAUCCCACGUUGACGUUGCGUAGAUGUUUUAUGUUCAUCCCGUCGAAAUUUCAUUGUCCUUGUAUGCACCAUCUUUACCGUAGCCUCCCAUCAAUCAUUGGUAGGCUAAUCGGCCGUGUGGAUUUGCAAAGGUACAAGCAAAUUCUACCGUUGCACACAAAUGUUGGUUUCACGUUGAACAAAUCGAAUUUCAGCAUAUAUAUAUCCCAAAAAAAAUUCGAAUUUUAGCAUAUAUCCCCCAAAAAGUUCUAAUUUCAGCAAAUCCGAGCAGCAGCAAGCCAGCAAUGGAGGCGCUCUACUUGCUCGCCUCGCUGGCCGCGACCAUCGCCACCUCCGCCUUCCACUCGCUCCUGCUCCUCCUCCGCCUCCUCGUCCGCUACCCGGGCCGCGCUGCCCCCGCCGAUGGGCACGACGCGGCGGCGCGGCUCUACGAGGGCCGCGUCCGGCACUCGCGCCGGCGCCCGGCGGCGCACGCCUUCGAGUACUCCGCGCGCUACGCGCUCGUCAACCUCGACCUGCUGCCGCUCCCCGGCCACCUCUCCGCCGACGAAGCCCGCCGCGUCGCCUCCACCUCCGGCCCCGUGCACCUUCUGACGAUACCCAAGAGCGUGGGAUACGAGCAGAACCCGCUGAGCAUUUACUACUGCUACGAUUCUGCAUCACAGGGACAAGAUGGACAGCUCAGAAUGUGCAUUGCCGAGGUCACAAACACUCCCUGGGGAGAGAGGGUGAUGUUUACCUUCCAACCGGGCUCUGAUCUCGUCGCGAAGCCCUUGCAUGUCAGCCCCUUUAUGGAUAUGCUCAGCAACUGGAGUAUUCGCGUCGAUGCCCCUGGUGAUAGACUCUAUGUUGUUAUAUCAGUUCAGCAUCCGACACUUGGGGACUAUUUCACUGCAGCUUUGGAUGCCAAAUUGGUUGGACAGACAAGUAAUUCUCUGAGGCUGGCAACCUUCUUCUGGCUGAUGCCACACAAAGUUGCUGCAUGGAUAUACUGGGAGGCCCUCAGACUGUGGCUGAAGAACGUCAAGUUCCUAGACCAUCCCAGGUAUUCGAACCCGAGUUACAGGGACGAAGCGCUGGAGCGUGACCUCGAGCUCCGUGCCUCCUGCAUCUUCCGUCAGAGGCAGAAGGUGAACAGCCAGAGAAGCAGAACCGCAGAAAAGACGGCCGGAACCACGAACCAUGUAGAUGGCAAGUGCGAUGAGAACAUCACGAAGAGGUGGUGCGUUUGGAUGGACGCUCAGUGGCCUUGGUCAUGAAAAAGAAAACUCAGAUAUGCAAUUUUGUGUUCAUUCAAAUACGGUCUGGUGCUCCCCUGCGCGACCAAACAUCACAAUUUGAUUUGGUUGAUGCCUUUGCAGACACCAUAAGUUUCCAGUAGGUGGUAAUUGUUAACAUUGCUCACUGUUAAAGAAGAAGAGAUUACUUUUUUUUUAGAUAA